GUAUUUUUACUAUAUGACUACUAUAGUUUAAACUGACAUACCUGGUCUGAUCUACAUCACUCUCCUAGCGACGAUACACUCACUAGUUUUAACUAAACCUACUGAAAUCAUACAAACAACAAGAUGGGUCUGACACCAAAACAAAAAGCUGAUUAUGAGAUGUUUUUUAAGAAGGCUGAUGCUGAUAAUAGCGGGUCAUUAACUAUUCAUGAAUUGAGGAAUAUGUUGAAUAAAACCCUGAAGUUGAAAGUCAGCGACCAAGAUGUUAUUAAAAUGUUCCAGGGAGUUGAUAAGGAUGGAGAUCAGAAAGUUUCUCUAGAAGAAUUCCUGACAGAAAUGGCUAAAAUUCCAGAACAAGAUUUACAGCGAAGUGAUUUUGAAAGAGCGUUCGAAGCUAUUGAUACUGAUGGCAGCCGAACUCUGGACUCUAAGGAAAUCCAAAAAGUCUUCGAAUCUUGCGGCCAUAAAGUCAAUGAAACCCAGGUCAAACAGAUCAUUCAGAAACUCGAUAAAGAUGGCGAUGGAAAAAUUAAUAUCGAUGAAUUCUUAAAAAUGUUCGGCCAUUAAAAAAUUGAAUUUUUUAUUAAAACAAUUCAUUUCAGAUUUCAAAUAAUUUUAGAAUCCGUUUUUCAAAAAUUUCAACGUUUUUUGAAUCUUGAAUGUUUGUUUUGAUAAAAAUUAAUAAUUUUGUUUUUGUUUAUUUUUUUUACGUCUUGUUAUUGGUGUAUUUUCAUUUUUUGCUUUGUGCUGUAGUUGGAAGUAAAACUCUAUUUCAUUUCUCCCUGAACCUUAAAGAGGCUUUCACUAUAACCAUUAUUAGUUGCGAAUAAGAAUAGCGGUCAUAAGAUUCGAGCGCAACUGUCAUGUAACUGAGUUGUGAGUUGUGCUCGGUACUCGUGGCCACUUUCAUUAUUCACAACAAUAGUAAUUAGUAAUCACUAUGGUGUGAGGGUAUCUUUAACCAUAUUUCACGAUCCUUUGGUUUGUCGAAGAUGGAAAUGUCCUUUGAUAUACCCAGCUUGCAAACGUAGAAGCAUAUUCAAUGCUUUCAUUAAGAAACAAUACAUUAACCCCUUCACCUCUGCAGCAAGAUUGAUUGAAAACCUAUUCGAGUGAAACCACGUGGUUAAGCCUUGCUUUAUCAAAUAUAUCAGAUGAUUUGGUCUGUUGGUUUAACGAUUGAAGAUAGACUAACUGACGAAUCGUAAAAAUUGUGCCUUUUGUAUCUUGCAUAUUGCUCAUAAAUAAUUUGUAGCCUCGGCCUACUGAUUGUAUUAUUUCAAUAUAUAUUCUUACAUGAAUUUCUAUUU